CGUGAAACCGCCUCUUGUCGCCUGAACCAACCUUUUUUUGAGGCAAUUCAACGAGGAUGUCUGAGAUCGUAAGCUACUGGUGGCAGUAUUUUGUCCACCACCUGCCUAGCCACCUGUCUGUCGGCGCCGUGGUCAUCCUGAGGCCGCUAUGGCGCUUCCUGACGCUCUGGCCCAAGCUGCUUCUCCCAGCAACAAACAGGAGGACAGCCGCCCUGCCCCACCCCCACUCCCACUCCUCCCACCAGCCUCCCCCCCUCUCCAUCCCUCCCGAGCCAGAGCCAUCCCACGAGAACACCCUGCCGAAGCUCAUCGUCCCGGAGUCGGUGAGGCACGCCUCACGGCUGUCCCUGUCGAGCCACCUGGACUCGAUGCGGCCCGCGCCGCUCGAUAUUCGCGUGUCCAAGAAGACGCGCCACUCGCAGACUUCGAUUGGCGGCAUCGCCAGCAGUCUGACGAUAGACCACUCGCCGCAUGGGGCGUUGCGGACGCCGCAGCUGGGUCCGCCUGGGAGUGACAAGGCGGACAGGGAGAUGAUGCAGCUGCUGCACGACCUCAGCAUCGAGGACGUCAUGGGCAGCAAGGGAGAACUGUAAGCAGAGAUAUGGAUGGAUGGAUGGGUGAAUGGCACAGAUGUCUAUCUAUCUGUUUCAUUGUGUCCUUUGUGUUUUGUGUGCAGUGCGCGUGAGGCGGCGUUUAUGCAUGGCGACACGCCCCGAUCGUCUGAGCAAAUACCAGAUGUGAGCCAACGUGGAAGCAUGCAGGAUAGCUAGAGAGACAAUGACUCUGUCUGCACGUCCAUGUGUGUGUGUGUGUGUGUGUGUGUGUGUGUGUGUAGGUGACGGGGCGUGUCCACUCGGUUGAGUCCAUGACGGCCGUGGACGGGCCGGGGCUCAGGUACCUCAUAUUCACUCAGGUACGUUCCCCGACCCAUGCAGAGAGAGAGAUGCACACACGAUUGGUUUGUCUGAUCCAUUCAUUCAUGUGUGAAUGGAAUGUCCUCUGAGUGUGUGCUGUGCUGUGCAGGGCUGCCCUCGCCGUUGUGUGUUUUGUGCAAACCCCGACUCAUGGGACCCAAAGGGCGGCAUCGAGGUGGGUGAGCACAGCCUCCCUCCUACGCCCCUCAACCACCUCCACCCACAUAUCAGCACAUGCAGCGCAUCAAAGUGAUGAGUGUGGAUGUGAUGUAUGUGUCUCUCUUAUGUAGAUGUCGUCCAAGGCAGUGGCGAAGCAGCUGCGCAAGUGUAAGCCGUACCUCAAGCCCAACGGCGGCGGCAUCACCUGUUCGGGCGGCGAACCGCUCAUGCAGCCACACUUCAUCGCAGCGGUCUUUGAAGAGGCACACGUACGCCCACACACCCCACCACCACACACCCACACAGACACAGGCAGAGAAACAUCCGUCCCUUGCGUGUGUUGUGUGUCAGUUGCUGGGUCUGACCACGUGUCUUGACACGACGGGUUUCGGCAACACGCGUUCGUGGCAGAUCACCUUGCCCCACACCGACCUGGUGCUGCUGUGCCUCAAGUCGUUCGACCCCCACAAAUACAAAGAACUCACCAAAUCCACACACAAAUCGGCGGUCAGUGCAGUGAGCGAAGAGAAGACAGAUGGGUAUUAGACUAGACGUUUAUAUGUGUGUGUGUGUGUGUGUGUGUGGUGUCAGUAUGAGUUUGCAGAGGAGUUGGAGCGUCGGGGCAUCCCCUGGUGGCUGCGGUUUCUCUUCAUACCCGGACACACCGACAACGACUUCGAAUACACACACUGCGAGGUGAGUAUUGAUGCCUGUGCACCUACCUACCUGUGUUGAUUGACAUGACCUGCAUUCAAUUCACCUCUCUCUCUGCGGCGCGGCCUUUCAGAACUUCGUCAAGGCCCACUCGAGCUGCAAAGGGGUGGAACUCCUGCCCUACCACACGCUCGGCGUCGAGAAGGUCGGUCUCUGCACACAGCCCCACCACACACACACACACACUCACACACACGCGCAAACACCACCGUGCUGUCUUGUGUGCUGUGUUUCCCCCUCAUCGACCAGUGGAAGAACCUUGGUCUGCCUUACGUGUUUGAGGACAUGCAGCCCCCGCCAAAGGACAAGGUUGCAGCGCUCAAGCAGAGGUGGGAGGCCGCCGGGGUGCCCGUCAUGCUCGCACAAUAAGUGAAUGAAGUGGUGGAUGGGGGUCAGUCAACUUCAGGGAGACGAACGUUGAGUGAGGAAUGGGCAGUGGUGGGUAGUCUUGUGGGUAGCCUGUCUGUCUGUCUGUCUGUCUGUGCGUGCCUAUCGCUCAUGUUUGUC